GAGGUUACGCCGUGUUAUUACAGGCCGGAACCUUUGCGAAAGUUGCUGGAUCAAUUCCCACACAGACUUUGCUUGUUGCAUUGAAGAGGCGCAGGUCAAAUCCUAGCCAACACGCAGUUGUGAGCAUCCCUACAGGCUUCGAAUAUAUGUUUAUAUUUUUUAAUAUGUAUUUCUAAUCUUCUGAUUCUCCCGUUGAAACAAUAAGAAACACACACACACACACACGGUGAAAUAAAACGCUCAGCCAGCGUGGACGGAGCGGCGGGCGUUCAGGAAACGGUGCAUGUUGCUGCUGCUCUUUAACCAGCAUGGCCAAGAGGAAAGGUCGGGCUCACAGGAGACGGCAGCGGCGAGUGAGCGGUCGGUGCAAAGACACAAGCAACGCAGUCAACAUCAGUCAAGAGUCUGUGUAUGUGCAACUGAGAAAAUGGUUGAAAGGAAAAGACUUCACCGACUUCCACUUGGUGCCAGCAAGCUUCCCAGGUAUUGGCAGAGGACUACUGACCACCAAAGCUCUCCAGCCUGGAGAACAUAUUAUUGCUCUACCGGAGCAAUGUCUGCUCACCACCACGACAGUCCUCGGGAGUUAUUUGGGUGAAUACAUCGAGAGGUGGAAGCCCCGUUUGUCUCCACUCCAGGCCUUGUGUGCAUUCCUCAUCGCCGAGAGACAUUUUGGGCGCCGGUCUCCGUGGAAACCUUACAUCGACGUCUUGCCAAAUUCGUACACCUGCCCGGCUUAUUUUGCAGAGGAAUUAAUAAGACUGCUUCCCAGCCCUUUGAUGAAGAAGUUUCGGGAGCAAAGGAACACAGUACAAGGGCUUCACCUGGACUCCGAGCGCUUCUUCAAAUCUUUGCAGCCGUUGUUUUCUGAAAGCGUUGAGAAUAUUUUUACAUACGAUGCCUUGCGUUGGGCUUGGUGCAGUGUCAACACCAGGACUGUUUACAUGGAGCACAAGAAGAGCGAGUUCUUAUCUAGAGAUCCUGAUGUCUACGCUUUAGCACCAUAUUUAGACCUGCUGAACCACUCGCCUGCUGCCCAGGUGUCCGCUGCCUUCAACCAGCAAAGUAGAUGUUAUGAGAUCAGAACGUCCACAAGGUGCAGGAGACACGAGCAGGUUUUUAUCUGCUAUGGUGCUCACGAUAACCAGCGGCUCCUCUUGGAGUACGGGUUUGUGGCGACCACUAACCUCCACAGUGCGGUGUAUGUUGACAAAGAUAUUCUUUGCAAUCGCCUUCCUCCAACGGACAAGCUACUGAAUGGGAAGCUUGCAUUCCUGCAAGACAACGGUCUCCUGGAAAACUUGACGUUUGGACAUGAUGGACCUUCGUGGAGGCUUCUGACUGCUCUUAAAGUGCUUUGUCUCAGACCAGAGGAAUAUUCGUUGAGAAAAAACGUCCCUCUUGGGUUGUACGUGUCUGAUGAAAACGAGAGAAGCAGUUUGGAGCUUGCAGAAAGCCUGUGUCUCCAGCUCAUGAAUGAAAACCAGCAGUUGAUGCAACAAGUUUCCAAACUAACAGAGGACAGAGGCGAGAUUUUGGAACAGCUGCAGUUGGUGGUCGCUCUGCGGAGGGAGGAACUGAGGAUACUCCAAGCGUCUAUCGAAAUGCUGCAAAAUAUGAGGGCCACCACUCCCAGGUAACGGUCGGGACUAUCAGUACUUCCUCUGGGAUGAGCACAAACAGCACCGAAGUAGAGAUGGUUGAAGACUUCAAAUUCCUUGGAGUAAAUAUCACCAACGACUUCUCCUGGACCACCCAUUUUGAAGCAACGACCAAGACAGCGCAGCAACGCCUCUAGUUUCUAAGAAGGCUUUGGAAAUUCGGCAUGUCCCCAACAACUCUCACCCACUUCUACUGAUGCGGCGUAGAAAGCAUUUUAUCAGGAUGCAUCGCAGCUUGGUU